CCGGCGCCGUAGCGGGGCGGAGGAGAGCGGCGGACAUGGCGGCGCCCGCGGCGCUGCAGCGGAGCGUGGUGGCCCCCGCGGGCCGGCACACCGCCUCCCUCAUCUUCCUGCACGGCUCAGGUGAUACUGGCCAAGGAGCAAGAACAUGGAUAAAACAAAUUUUGAAUCAAGACAUGGCUUUCCAACAUAUAAAAGUAAUUUACCCCACAGCUCCUGCCAGGCCAUAUACACCUAUGAAAGGAGCCCUUUCCACUGUUUGGUUUGACAGAUACAAGAUCUCCAAUGACUGCCCAGAACACAUUGAAACCAUUGAUUCUAUGUGCCGUGGACUUACAGACUUGAUCAAUGAUGAGAUUAAAAAUGGCAUCUCAAAGAAUAGGAUACUAGUAGGAGGCUUUUCAAUGGGAGGUGGAAUGGCAAUGCAUUUAGCAUAUAGGUUUCAUCGAGAUGUGGCAGGAGUCUUUGCACUUUCAAGUUUUCUCAAUAGAGAAUCUGCUGUUUACCAGUGUUUCUUUUCCAUCCAGGCUUUGACAAGAAAUGAUGGUGUCCUUCCAGAACUAUUUCAGUGUCAUGGAACAGCUGAUGAACUAGUUCGUUGCUCUUGGGGUGAAGAGACCAACAAGAUGUUAAAAUCACUGGGAGUAUCAACGUCAUUCCACACUUUUCCAGAACUUAAUCAUGAAUUAAACCAAACUGAAAUAGAAAAGCUAAAAACCUGGAUUGUAAAGAAAUUGCCCAUUGAAGACAAAUGAAUAAAAGAUGUAGCUUUCAUUUA